CUAAGUAUCCUUUUGGUCACAAUUUCCAAGAGAAAAGAAAAGAAAAGAAAAGAAAAGAGAGAAUGUUUGUCCCUUCAAUAUUUUUGGUGUUCAUCAUGAGUUGCAUAAUAAGUGCAAGUGUUAGUUAUGAAAGCAAGAGCACAUCUGGGCAUGCAAUCCCAUUUCCCACCCAUGAACACUUGGAUGUCAACCAAGCCAUUAAAGAAAUAAUCCAACCUCCUGAAACAGUACAUGAUAAUAUUAAUAAUAUUGUGGAUGAUGAUGAUGACAAUAGCAGAUGGAAGCUGAAACUUCUUCACAGAGACAAAUUGCCUUUUUCUCACUUUACUGAUCAUCCUCGCCGUUUUCAAGCUCGCAUGAAAAGAGACCUCAAAAGGGUCCAUACACUCACUAAUACUACUACUAAUGAUAAUAAUAAGGUAAUUAAGGAGGAGGAAUUGGGGUUUGGGUUCGGAAGUGAGGUUAUUUCCGGUAUGGAGCAAGGCAGUGGAGAAUACUUUGUUAGAAUUGGUGUUGGUAGUCCUGUUAGACAACAAUACAUGGUUAUUGAUGCUGGUAGUGAUAUUGUUUGGGUUCAGUGCCAGCCUUGUACCCAUUGUUACCAUCAGUCUGACCCGGUAUUUGACCCUUCCCUUUCUGCUUCUUUUACUGGUGUACCAUGUUCUUCCUCCCUUUGCAACCGCAUAGAUAACUCUGGUUGUCAUGCUGGUCGCUGUAAAUACAAAGUCAUGUAUGGUGAUGGAUCCUACACCAAAGGGACCAUGGCCCUCGAGACUCUUACUUUUGGCCGCACAGUUAUUCGUGACGUCGCCAUCGGAUGUGGCCAUAGUAAUCACGGUAUGUUUAUUGGGGCUGCCGGUUUGUUGGGUCUUGGAGGAGGCUCCAUGUCACUUGUUGGACAACUCGGUGGACAAACAGGUGGAGCCUUUAGUUACUGUUUGGUUAGCCGGGGCACUAAUACUGGAUCAACUGGAUCACUUGAAUUCGGGCGGGAAGUAUUACCCGCCGGUGCAGCAUGGGUACCACUUAUCCGAAACCCACGGGCUCCGAGUUUCUAUUACAUAGGCAUGUUGGGUCUUGGAGUUGGAGGAGUGCGUGUACCCAUACCUGAAGAUGCAUUUAGAUUAACUGAGGAAGGAGAUGGAGGAGUGGUUAUGGAUACAGGGACAGCCGUUACCAGGCUUCCCCACGAAGCCUAUGUGGCGUUUCGCGAUGCCUUUGUAGCACAAACAUCAAGCCUUCCACGGGCGCCUGCCAUGUCAAUAUUCGAUACCUGCUAUGAUCUUAACGGAUUUGUAACAGUUCGAGUACCAACUAUUUCCUUUUUCCUCAUGGGUGGUCCUAUCUUAACACUACCAGCUAGGAACUUCCUAAUUCCAGUGGAUACAAAGGGAACAUUCUGCUUUGCAUUUGCUCCAUCUCCAUCCAGACUUUCCAUAAUAGGGAAUAUCCAGCAAGAAGGCAUCCAAAUUUCUAUUGAUGGAGCUAAUGGUUUUGUGGGAUUUGGCCCUAAUAUUUGCUAGCCAUGCAUGCAUGCAUGUGAUUAGUUAUAGUAAAUUAGCUUCAAUAAUAAUGUAUGUCAUCAUACAAGAUAUGAAGUAUAUAAACCAUAUAUAUUACUAGUAGUUAUGUGCCUAUUGAGUACGAUCACAAACAUUUAUGCACCGGCGCCACUAUAAAUGUCUAAAUAAAUGGAGAAAAGAGAGAUAAAUCAUGUUUUCUUCCUUUGGCUACAUCCUUGAAUAUAUGGGUAUCGACUACAUAUUGGAUCUAA